UUCCCGACAAAACACACACACAAACCGAUCUAGAACGACAACGGACGCGCCAGAGAGCUCGCUAGCGGAAAGGAAAGCCAGCAGUGUAUAGUGUGCAGUGAGAUUCUGUGUGAAACAAGGUGAAAGAAUGAAGCUAUUCGUGUGUGGUUUGCUGUUGGUGGCAGUGGUGGCUGUGGCCAGAGCCGCCCCAAUGGACGACGGAAUGCAGCAGCACGGUGACGCGAUGAUGGUGAUGCUGGUGGACGAUCCGAUGAUGCACGAGCAGCAGCCGCAAACGCUGGAGGAUAUGGUUGCGGUUUACGAUCAGCCUGAGAUGGAUUCGAUGGGCGAAAUGGCACGGGAGAAGCGGCACCAUCGAUAUGGCGGCGGCUACGGAGGCUAUGGCGGCUACGGUGGUGGCUUCGGAGGAUACAGAGGAGGAUACGGUGGCUACCGGGGUGGGUACGGCGGUUAUGGCGGCUUCCGUGGUGGAUAUGGAGGAUAUCGUCGGGGUGGAUUCCACUGAGCAUCCAGCGCUGUAUGAGCUGUAAAGUGUAAAAUAACAAAAAAUUAAAAAAGAAA